GUGCAGAAGGGCCGGGCGGCGGCGCCGAGGCGGGUCGGGAGCCGCUCCAGCCAAGUUUGCUGCCGGUUAAACUUUCUCGGUUCCCGCUUUCUUUCCCUGCAGCCUGGGCUGCUGGUCACCGGAUGGAGACAAGGGGCCUGGACUGCUGAGCUUCUACUGGAAAAGAGAAGAUGGGCAAGGCCUUCAGGAUUCCAGGGAGGCUGGUGUAGACUGAUGUGAGCCAGGACACGCUGGCUUGAAGGGUUGAUUAGGAUGCCACCCUCUCAUGGAUGUUGUGAGAAUGAUAUGAGACUGUGUGUGUGGCCCAGCUGUGUACCCUUGGGCCUUACCAUCCAGUUCACACCAGCUGACUUUUGGCACCUACCAUUUGCAUCUCUCUGCCAAAAGAGAGCAGCAGUGACCUUCAACCAACAGUUGAUGGAGAUUGGAGUCCCAGGCGUGCAGUAGGCCUCGCUGGAGGGAAUGUCAGCGUGGACCAUGGGCGCCCGCGGUGCGGACAAACAAGGAAGUUUCUUUAAGCUCAUUGACACAAUCGCCUCGGAGAUUGGAGAGCUGAAGCAGGAGAUGGUGCAGACCGAUGUCAGCCUGGAAAAUGGCCUGGAACCGCCGGAAGCCCACAGUGAUGGAAAAGUAAUGCAGAGGGAUCGGAUCCUCCGUGUGCAAAGUAGAAUUCAGUGUAGCCCGUGUCAGUCUCCAAGAGGUUUAAAGGGGAACACUAAAGAGGAUGGACUCAUUUUGCAUUCUCAGAAACAACCUCACAUCAGAGUUUUAUGUGUCUUAUGUGUUGCUCUGCCGGUUGUCUUGGGUCGUUUGUUCAGAAGAGGCUGGACUAUCGUCAAGCGUGCGCCUCUGCCGCGUCGUUUGGUGGAGCCUGGGAUCGGCAGUCGUGUCGGCAAGCGCAGGGAGCCUUUGAGAGUACGCUUCAUCUGGACCCGCUCAUCAGAAGCUGCCUUGAGAGAGUGUGCCGUCCUCUGGGACUCUGGCAUGAUGAGACAUGAGGACGAUGGGUAUUCCAAGGGAAAGGAUGUGAAGGCCUGUCCCCGGGACUCUGGCUAUGACAGCCUGUCCAACAGGCUCAGCAUUUUGGACCGGCUUCUCCACACCCACCCCAUAUGGCUGCAGCUGAGUCUGAGUGAGGAGGAAGCGGCAAAAGUCCUACAGUCCCAGCCUCCGGGGAUCUUCCUAGUUCGUAAAUCCACCAAAAUGCAGAAGAAAGUCCUCUCCCUUCGACUGCCCUGUGAAUUUGAAACCCCACUCAAGGAAUUUGCCAUAAAGGAAAGCACAUACACGUUUUCCCUGGAAGGCUCAGGAAUCAGUUUUGCGGAUUUAUUCCGGCUCAUUGCUUUCUACUGCAUCAGCAGGGACGUUCUGCCAUUUACCUUGAAGUUACCUUACUCCAUUUCAACAGCCAAGACUGAAGCUCAGCUUGAAGACCUAGCCCAGCUGGGACUAAAUUUUUGGAGCUCUCCAGCGGACAGCAAGCCCCCAAAUCCUCCACCUCCCCACAGGCCUCUCUCCUCAGACGGCGUCUGUCCCGCCUCCCGCCAGCUCUGCCUUAUAAAUGGAGUGCAUUCUAUAAAAACCAGGACGCCUUCGGAGCUGGAGUGCAGCCAGACCAACGGAGCCCUGUGUUUUAUUAAUCCCCUUUUCUUGAAAGUGCACAGCCAGGACCUCAGCGGAGGCCUGAAACGGCCCUGCACAAGGACUCCCAGCGCGAAUGGCACUGAGAGGCCGCGGUCCCCCCCGCCCCGGCCCCCCCCGCCCGCUAUUAAUAGUCUCCACACAAGCGCUCAGCUGUGCAGGACUGAAACCCAGGCGAGCAUGCCAGAAACAGUCAACCGUAACAAGCACGGGAACGUAGCUGCGCCUGGAACGAAACCAGCCCCCAUCCCUCCGCCGCGGCUGAAGAAGCAGGCUUCUUUUCUGGAAGCGGAAGGCGGCGCGAAGACCUUGGCGGGCCGCCGGCCCCGGGCCGAGCCGGGCGCAGCUGGCAGCCCGGGCGGAGCCCCGCCUGAGCAGGCCCCCGGGGACUGCACGAAGGCCCAGCCCGCCAGCUCUGAAUCACGGUCCCCGUGGCAUGGAGGCAGGCAGAGGCUGAGCGACAUGAGCAUUUCCACUUCCUCCUCCGACUCGCUGGAGUUCGACCGCAGCAUGCCCCUGUUUGGCUAUGAGGCGGACACCACCAGCAGCCUGGAGGACUACGACGGGGAGAGCGACCAGGAGACCAUGGCCCCCCCCAUCAAGUCCAAAAAGAAGAGGAACAGCUCCUUCGUGCUGCCCAGGCUCGUCAAGUCGCAGCUCCGCAAGAUGAGCGGCGUGUUCAGCUCCUUCAUGACCCCCGAGAAGCGCAUGGUCAGGAGGAUCGCAGAGCUGUCGCGGGACAAGCGCACCUACUUCGGCUGCCUGGUGCAGGACUAUGUGAGCUUCUUGCAGGAGAACAAGGAAUGCCACGUGUCCAGCACGGACAUGCUGCAGACCAUCCGGCAGUUCAUGACCCAGGUGAAGAACUAUUUGUCCCAGAGCUCAGAACUGGAUCCUCCCAUCGAGUCACUGAUCCCCGAAGACCAAAUAGAUGUGGUGCUGGAAAAGGCCAUGCACAAGUGCAUCCUAAAGCCCCUGAAGGGGCACGUGGAGGCCAUGCUCAAGGACUUCCACAUGGCCGAUGGCUCAUGGAAACAACUGAGGGAGAACCUGCAGCUUGUGCGGCAGAGGCGCCCACAGGACCUGGGGGUCUCUGCUCCCACCCCAGAUUUUGUGGAUGUGGAGAAAAUCAAAGUCAAAUUCAUGACCAUGCAGAAGAUGUAUUCGCCAGAAAAGAAAGUCAUGCUGCUGUUGAGGGUCUGCAAGCUCAUUUACACUGUCAUGGAGAACAACUCAGGGAGGAUGUAUGGAGCUGACGACUUUUUACCAGUGCUGACCUAUGUCAUAGCUCAGUGCGACAUGCUGGAACUGGACACGGAAAUAGAGUACAUGAUGGAACUCUUAGACCCCUCACUGCUACAUGGAGAAGGAGGCUAUUACUUGACCAGCGCCUACGGAGCACUUUCUCUGAUCAAGAAUUUCCAAGAAGAACAGGCGGCGCGGCUGCUCAGCUCAGAGGCUAGGGACACCCUGCGGCAGUGGCACAAACGUAGAACCACCAACCGGACCAUCCCCUCGGUGGAUGACUUCCAGAAUUAUCUCCGAGUUGCAUUCCAGGAGGUCAACAGUGGUUGCACAGGAAAAACCCUCCUUGUAAGACCUUACGUCACCACUGAGGAUGUGUGUCAGCUCUGUGCUGAGAAGUUCAAAGUGGGGGAUCCUGAGGAGUACAGCCUCUUCCUCUUCAUUGACGAAACAUGGCAGCAGCUGGCAGAGGACACUUACCCUCAAAAAAUCAAGGCUGAGCUGCACAGCCGGCCACAACCUCACAUCUUCCACUUUGUCUACAAGCGCAUCAAGAAUGAUCCUUACAGAGCCAUCUUCCAUAAUGGGGAAGACGAUCUCACUGCCUCAUAGAAGACACAUGGGACUUCCCAGUGGUGCAUCCAAAGGGGGGUCAGAUACCUUGCCUUCCUGACCCCUCAUGCUUCCUCAUGCUUGUGGUUGAAAAGCAGUCACCUCUUUGGGGACCCCUUGGUUCAGCGACUAAGCUAUCCGCAGGCCAGCUUGGCCAAGGGCAUCUUUAGCCACAUUGUCCAAGCAAAGCAGCUGAGGUUCAUGAAACUGUAGGAGUCUCCUUCAGAGAUGGAGAACUGCUCUUGAAGUGUCCUGAGAUUGUUUGCUACCUACCCCCAGCUGGGUUCUAGGUUGGCUUACAUGUUGUAUAUGUGCUGAAUAAACAUUUAAGAGGUACAAGCUCUUCUCUUGAAUUCUGCAGCCAGGCUUUGACAAGACUGUCCGAUGCAGUGCAUCAGGCAUUUCUCAGUUCUGUGGAUGGCUCCAUCCUUUCCUUCCAUUCUUUUCUUUUUCCCUUUUUCUUUCUUUCUUUUUUUUGUUUUUUUUACAAAGAGACUCUGUUUUUAUAUAUUUCAUAGAAAUUUUUAUAGCAGUUGCAGGUAAACUGUCAGGAUUGGUUUUUAAAAUAUUUUUGUAACUUUAAGAUAUUCUAUAAUUAUGCAUGUGAUUUUAACAUUUAAUAUUCAAAAAACUCUUGCUGGAUUUGAGAGUAUUGCAUUUUUAAAGUCUCUCCUCUGUAACUGGAUGUUUUAGCAGCUUUGUGGGGAGAGAGAUGGCUGGAUUUCUUAAAGCAUGUGUCACUGACACUGGCCACAGAAUGCCUUUGGAAAUCUGAGGUACUGUUAUCUUCUUCACAGUUGGUGGUAGCGGGCUCUUUCUAGUUUUAACAAAGUGAUGCUGAGAUCAGGAGAGAAAUGAAUGUAGAUGAGAGGUUGAGAGAGAAAUACAGACUCUAACAAAGGACUAAGUGUAGUCUGCUGGUUCAGGCUCCAUGAAGGAAGUAGGAAAAGAAGAUGAAAGGAACCACCUCUGUGGAAAAUACUGCAAAUAUGCAGUGAGUUUUGGCAAAGCCUAUCCCAUGUUACUUGCUUUGGGAAACAAUUUUGAAAGUCCCACAAGGAAAAAAAAUAAGGAUAACACUUUUUUUUUCCUUUUUCACAUAAAUCGAAACCAGCAGCAUCAAAUGAUUUGGGGCAGAAAUCAAGUAAUGUGUAAUGUGACUUUUAUUAAGUUAAACAAGAUGCUGUUUGGAAAAGAGUUUGCAAAGGCAACAAAAAGCCUGUCUGCACUGUAAGAAUGUAUGGGGAAGUUAGAUUUAUGUUCUUUGAAACCUGUUUGGAAGAGGGCAAUGCCUGAGGGUCCUGUUGUCCAUGUAACACAGGGAGUCAUAGAAACGUUGUCCUGCAUAAAGGUGCGCCGUCAUCUGAUUUGGUUGGCUUUGUACCUUGUAGCUUUCAUACCUUUUGCUGUACGUGUAGAACCCUCAGCACGUACCAUGUUGUACUUCCUUUUGUAAAUGAUUUUUUAAAUGGAAUUUUGCACAUAAUACAUUGUAAUACUGUACAAUAAUCAUGGGUGAAAAUAAUUUUUGAAAUGUGGAGUUGUCUUUUUAAGAAACAGAAUGUCAUUAUGCACCACACAAUGUUAUGGAAAUCUGAAAUCCACCGUCUUUGUGGUUAGAUAACCCAUAGAGAGGAAACAGAAGAGUUGAUAUUUUUCAGCAACCCAUAUACUAAAAUAAGGCAAAAAUCAAGGGGCAGGAGAAGGGAUAGUGUUCUAACCUGAAAGGAUUUCCAGUGUUACCUACAGUACUUGGCUUAGUUGUAUCUAGAGAAAAAUCACUGUUAUCACCCCAUUCUUAUGUAACUUCAGUAAUAUUUCAAAAUAAACAGGGCAGACAAUAGGGGUUUGCUGCCAUAUUCCUGGUGCUUGGAGCUGUGCCCGGCAGAUAACAAGUGCUUGAGAAGUCCCUAUUUAUUGAACAAACUUUCUAACCCAUCAGCAGGAUGGAUACUUAAAGAUCAGAACAAUGUGUGAAUAAACCGCCUGAUUUUCAUAUUUGCAAUGAAAUAAAAAUGACUGUUCAAUCCA